AUGUCUGAAUCAACUUCUUCUACUGCUGUGCCUCAAAAACCAGAACGCACUAAAGUUCCUAAACAAAGAACAUUUAAUCUUGUUCAAAUUAGUACUCAAAAGAUCAACGAACCAGAUACCAAAAAAAUUGACAUUGAAAAGGUUGGGAAAUGUUUGGAUGGUAAAGAACUUGGCAAUAUCAAAGAUUUUCCAUUCUUGUAUCAAGAUCACGCAUUAAUUACAAUUUAUGACAAUAAAGCAACUGAACCCAAAAGCAUGCAUUCACAUGAAGUGACGCACUUGAAAGAGGACGAUGUAAGGGUUAAAUUCACUCCAAAGUAUUCUGUUUCAUCAUCGCAAUCAAACAUUCCCCAAGACAUGAACGGUACUAUUCAAAUGACGACUGGUGAAUUAUUCAAAUAUGUGGAGCAGGUGAAUUUGGUAGAGUUUCUCCACUUUGCCGAACGUAUAAUCAACGCAAGAUUGGGUAUUAUGGGAGCAAACAAAACAGUCAAGGGCAUUAACCUUGGUUCAUGUAAUCUCAACGCUCUCAAACAACACUUUAAAAAUCAAUUGGCAGUUCAAACCCUCGUUUAUCAUGUAUGGGCUGAAAAGGGAGUAUACCAUAUCAAUGAAAAUCGAUUGAACCAAGAAAUCACCAAUUUCAGAUUUCUUUUAAAAGAUGCAGAGGGAUACGUAGGUGAAAUGCCAAGAUUGAUUAACUGUGACUGGGACAAGUACGACUGGAUUGAUCCUCCAUCUAGAGACUCGAUGAUUACCAGAACAUCAAGAAUCAAUGAAAUUACAUUUUCUCAUCAAUCAUUUACAAAUCAAGUGACUGUUGGUUUUGAAUAUGCCAACUAUCUCUGCCAAGUCACUAGUGGCAGUGGCGAGAGCAUGAUUAGUAAAUUAUUAUGUAUGACUUCUUAA